CAGCAGAACACAUAUUACACAUUGUGGUGACUGGAAGCCAAGGAAUAAGAGACAAAAGUUUGAAACCUUUACAAACAGCAGAGUUUAAAGCUUAAAGAUUCUCCCACAAGAGGAAAUAUCAUCUCCACAUCCAUCCUGUCAAGACCUCUCAAGAUCCUUUUUGUUACAAAUUCCCUCUCGUUCCUCAAGACCUCAGUGGAUACAGUUUCAGCCUCCUGUUAAGACAGUCUACCCAGGCUGCAAAAUGAACAUCGACGUGGUGGGCCGGAUUCGACCAGCUCGCAGACCAGAACAAGGCCACAGUUUGCAGACCUCAGCAGAAGGCAGGACAAUAUACACAGCCUUAGGAGGAGGAGCCUCUUGCAGUUUUCAAGAGGUCUUUGACCAGAGGGUUUCCACUAGGGAAAUAUUCACCAAGACCGUGGAGCCCCUGAUCAAUGUGUUCACGGAAGGGAUGAACGUAUGUGUUGCCGUGUUUGGUGAAACCAACUCUGGAAAGUCACACACAUUGAUCGGAGAAAAGAAUGACCGAUUUGCAAUCAUACCCUUAACGAUUGAUUACAUCUUUGGUAAACCAAACUUGCAGAAUUUACAGGUUACCGCAAUGUGGUCUCUAUCGAUGUCUAUGUAUGAGAUUUAUGCUGAGGCGUUGAAGGAUUUGUUACAUUCUAGUGGAUUGGAUCCUGUCACGUUAAGGCUUGCAUGUACUGCACAGGAUGGUACAUUCAUAAAGGGAUUGAACCGUAUCACCGUCUCCUCAGCAGCCGAUGCCACCACCAUUUUCCGGCAAGGUUGGGCGCGUCGCACAGGGGCUGUAACGGACUUUGGACCUGCGGCCAACCAUGCUACUGUUGUGACACAGCUGAACCUUCUGGUGCAAGACCAAAAUGCGCUCCAUCCCACCAAGUCAACCCUGCAGAUCGUUGAACUACCAGGAGCAGAGGUGCUCGCAGAAGACAAGAACACUUUACACUUUCAAGAAGGCUCCCUGCUUAACAAAUCACUUCUUGCUUUCUUGCAAGUAGUGAAUAAUCUGGCCAGUUCACCCCAUCCAGACAGAGUUAUUAACUACAGUGAAUCCAAACUAACUCAGCUGACCCAAGAUGCGUUUGGAGGGAACUGCAAGACUCGGGUUAUUUGUUGCCUGCCCCCUAAACCGGAAACUCAGCGUCUUUCUGCUGUCCUACGAACGUGUGCUACCCUUUCUCAAGUGAAAAAUUUCCCUGUGUUAAAUGACCACUUUGUUGAGUCACUGCUGACCCAGUAUCGGGCACGGAUCUUGGCACUGCAAUACCAUUCUGGCGAGGAUAUGGGCACCAAGGCUGGGAGUGAGAAAACCAAUGCACUCAAGGAUCAAAUUCGUCGACUGAGCAACGAAAACGUGCACCUUCGUGAUAAGAACGAGCGUUUAUACACCAAGCUAGGAGAGCUCCAGGGUAAGAUGGGACAGCUGGCCGGGUCGAAGACCGAUCUUUCAUCUAAACUGGUCUUCAGUGAGGAGGAGAAACUGAAGAUUUCCAAGGACUUGAUUGACCUGCAGAUCCAGACAAACAAGAUUCGAGAACAAUAUGAAGCUGAUAACUUUGAACUUAAGAACAAGAUUUUAAUUCUUGAAAACAGAACGGUGGAACUGGAAGGGCAGAGAAACAAAUGUGUGAAUGAAUAUGAGAUGGCUAGGAAUCGGCUGAAGGCACUGGAGAAAAAUCGUCAGGAACUAGCAGAUGAAUAUGUUGUUCUGAAGAGCAAUUAUAUGGCACUAAGUAAACGGCAUGAAAAUGAGGUUGCAAGAAAUGAUGAACUGAGCACGGAGCUCCUGAACUUGGCCAACUCCAGGAAUUCCCUGAUUACGGAACAGGACCAGUAUGUGAAAUCACGAGCCAUCUAUGAUGAAGCUGCAGUGGAGUUAAGCAGAGUAAAGGAUCUCGUGGCUAGGCUCAGCAACCAGAAGUUGUUAGGUAACCAGGAUCAGAUCAAAGAACAAAUAGAAGUGAUGAAGCAAAACCACGAAAAGCAGCAAAAUGCAAUGGAAGAACGCAUUGUUAAGAUGGGCAAAGAACUUCAAGAGGCCAAAAGAGCUAUUCGAAACACACAGCACAAACUGGCAGAGCAAACAGUGGCAUUGCUAGGUUCCCAGAGUCAACUGAAAGAGAUGGAAACCGAGAACUCUCAACUGCAGCUCCGCCUGAAAGAACUAAAUGACGAAUAUCGCAUGCGACUUGUCCGCUAUAUUGAAGAUGUUACUGACUACGUGGAUAAUUCAGUGAAACCUGGCAAUGACAACACUAAACCCUCAACAGACCCACCUCACCUGAAGAGGUUUGUGGACAGCAUGCUCAAGGACAUACGAGCUGCCUACAGAUCACGAGAAGAACAGUUGGCUACGGCAGCCAGAAAUUACAAGAAAAGGAUGCAGAACGUGUUCAAGAAGCAUGAAAAUCUCUUGAUCGCAUACAGGAUGCAGCGAGAACAGAUUUUAUCAUUGGCCAACAAGGAUUUGGAUCCUGGCCCUUCAGAAAUAACCUUUGCGAUCACCGACAGUGAACUUUUGAACAGCCAGAGUCGGGAGCUGAACUGCUUACGUGAGGAUAAAGCUCGUCUAGAAGUACAACUCCGAGACCUUCGGGAGAAGAUAAGACUGGGUGGGAGUUCUGCACCAGCUGUAUCUUCCUUGGUGUUGGAAACUGGUGGCAAAUCUGAUAAUGAAAGCUGGAGUGAACUAAGGAAACAGCUGAGAGAGUUCACAUUUACCACACAGGAAGAAUUGGAACGUGAGCGUGCUCAGUUGUAUUCACGGGUCACCAUCGCAGAGGAGCAGCUGGCUGAACUGCAGGAAUAUGUGGACAAACAUCUCGUCAGGUACAAACAGGAGAUUACACGCCUCAGAAAACUUGUUGGAACUGAAGAAUCAAGAGGUCUAUGCUGACAACCUCCAGACAACUAACACCAGAACCUCAGCUCUGAGAAAUAGUAAAAUAAAUCCUAAUGUUGUCAGAAAUUUUCUGAUUAUUUCAAGGUGCUGGAAACAUUGGGAUCAGUGAAGUUAUCAAGGCUAUGUUACACAAUAAGGUUAGUACUUCCUACCCCUGGUCUUAAUAUGUUCCCAUAGACUUACAAACAAAUUGACCAUGGCGGAAGCCAUUUAGGAGCAAAGGCCUGUUCCAAUAUUCCUGUAUCUUAACAGUACUUACUAAAAUUGUUUUGUUAACCCUUAAUCCUCUUGCCUAAGAAAAUGCUAUCAAUCUCACUUCUGAAAUUUUCAAUUAAUCCCCCAGCAUCAACAGUUUUCUGGGGAAGAGAGUUUUCCAGAGGCAUUCCUAAUGCUUCCAAACAGCACUCCUGAAUAGCUGAGCUUUAAUUAGCUCUAUAUCCCAUAGAUGGUGAUACUGGAUUCUGAACAUAUUGAAUGAGAUUAUAUUCAAUCUCCUUUGUUAAUAUCAGUUAUUUCAAAACACUUUUGGAGUACUCAAAAAGCAUUUGUUAAAAGAUGAUAUCUGUAUUAAAUAAUUUCCUUCCAAAACAUUUUAGAUUAAGCCUUUAUUGAAGCCCUAUGCAUUUUCUGCCUCACUCCUUUUAACUUUUCUAAACUAGUCUACAUUCAGAAUAAUGGAUAGCUUGAAGUCAUUACAGUGCAGCAAUCAUAUCGAGUGGUUCAUGUCACAACUAUAAGCAAUUUAUGCUUGAUUCGAGGACGAGAUCAACCUUGAAAUCAAUCCUCUAUAGCCAUUCUUCACUGUCAUAUAUCCCAACAAAUUGAGGCUAUUUUAUAACUAUUUAUUAUGGUGGAUAUCAACAUUACACAAUAAUGCUCACUUGUCCAUUUAAGGCACAAUUAUAGUGAACUUUUCAAUUCCAUAACUGACUGCAGGGAAUAGCAAUGUGUUGCAAUAAUCAUUAAUAGAUUGUAAAAGCAAUUAUAGUAAUUAUGCUAAGUUUUUCUCCUGAAUGCAAAAAUAUUAAAACCAUUUUUUGUCCUUGUUUCCUACUUCAAGAAGACAUAACUGGAGUUCAGUCGAUUUCUCUCAGAUGCUUUAUAAGGCUGCUGAUAAUCAACAGAAAAUGUAUUGUAGCCAGUGGCUUAUAAAGAUUAAUCACUGAAAGUAAUACUGAUUGGGGAAAAUUAGUUUGUACAAUUCAAUUUGUAC